AUGUCGACAUUCCUUAUUAUCAUCCUCAUUCUCCUUGGACUGUUAGCUGUCAUUGCUGGAGCAUCUGCGAUGCACAGCAUAGUCAGACCACCAUCUUCGAAUGCUAUAAUCUCAGAAUAUCCAACAGAGCAACGAAAAUACAUGGAAGGAGUCCGACUUAAGACCCUUCAAGUCCUCCAAGCUCAAGCCUCAAUGAUCCGCGGCAAUCAGCAUGACAGCUCGCUUUACGAAGUUUAG